AUGGGUCGUCGCGCUAAGAAUAAGCAGGGUCCGCCUGCGCCGCUCGCGGAAGUUGCUGGCGACAACGAGGCCAGGAGACCGUCGGCGAAGAAAUUGGGAAAGCGGAAGGCAGAGCCGGAGCAGGAGAGUCGUCCCGGAAAGAAAUUAAGGGAAGGAAAAGAGACCACAGCGAAGGGGAGUCCGAAAAAGAGUGUCAGUUUUGCAAGUCAGAAAAAGUCCGAGGGGAAGAAGGGGAAGACGGUGAAUGGCAAAUCUGAAAGUAAGAAGAGCAAGGUGGUGGAGGAGAGCGACGGGGAGGGGAGUUGUGCUGGAUGGGAAGACGUGGAUGAAGAAGACGAUGUCAAGGCUGAAGCCAAGGCUCUUUUUAAUGACAGCGACGACGAUGAUGCAGGCAGCGCCUACGAAGGCGAAUGGGAGGAGUUGGAGAUGGAGGGUGAAGCAGAAGACGACGAUCCUCUGCGAGGUCCCGUAGAGGAACUGGACCUUGGUUCUGAUGAUGAUGACGACGCCGAGGCUUUCGUAGGGAAGCUCAAGUCUCGGAGGUCGAAGCAACAGGACCGGCCAGACAAAAUAAUACCCACUGGCUCAGAUGCAUCGUCAGACGAUUCAGACGAGGGUUCCGAAGACGAACACGGCCCCAUUACCAUGGCUAACAUGGAGGCUCGCUCGCGGGCCCUAGAUGCCCGCGCUGCUCGGGAAGCUGAGCUGGACAUGGAGGAAAUGCAACAGGCCGCGCAAGUGGACGGCGAAGAUGACUUGGAUGUGGAUAUGGAUGGUGAUGAGGAAGGGGACGGUGAGGAGUUCCACUUGCCCACGGCGGAGGAGAGGGAGGAGGAGAAGAAGGCCGGCGGACCAGACGUGCACCUCGUCCAGCGGCGAAUGCGGGAGUGCGUGCGUGUGCUGGGGAACUUCAAGAAGCUCAACAGAGGACGAGCGAGGACGGAGUAUGUAGACCAGUUAAUUUCGGAUAUCGCAAGCUACUAUGGGUAUAACGAUUUCCUUGCUGAGAAGCUUUACCAUCUUUUCCCCGUCGCAGAGGCUAUCGAAUUCUUUGAAGCGAACGAGGUACCUCGUCCCGUAACCAUACGGACAAACACGCUUCGGACCAGACGGCGAGACCUAGCUCAAGCACUUAUCAAUCGCGGUGUCAAUCUUGAACCGAUCGGCAAGUGGACCAAUGUCGGGUUGCAAGUAUUCGAGAGCAGUGUCCCCAUAGGUGCCACACCAGAGUACCUUGCGGGCCAUUACAUGCUGCAAGCCGCUUCCUCUUUCCUCCCCGUUAUUGCGCUUUCCCCUCAGCCCAACGAGCGGGUGCUGGACAUGGCAUCCGCACCGGGCGGUAAGACUACGCAUAUGGCGGCCCUGAUGCAGAAUACUGGGGUCGUCUUUGCCAAUGAUGCCAACAAAGCUCGUACCAAGAGUCUCACGGCCAAUGUACAUCGGCUGGGGUGCAAAAACGUGGUUGUCUGCUCGUAUGACGGGCGGGAAUUCCCCAAGGUCAUAGGGGGAUUCGAUCGGGUCCUAUUGGAUGCUCCUUGUAGUGGGACUGGUAUCAUCAGCAAGGAUACCAGUGUGAAGGUUAACAAGACUGAGCGCGACUUCAUGUUGCUCUCUCAUCUGCAGAAACAGCUUAUCCUGUGUGCCAUCGACAGUGUGAGCCCUACGUCCAAGACCGGUGGCUACUUUGUCUACUCGACCUGUUCUGUGACGGUCGAUGAGAACGAGGCUGUGGUCGACUAUGCCCUGCGCAAGCGACCAAACGUCAAACUCGUCGAAACAGGCCUGGAAUUUGGCCGGCCAGGUUUCACGAGCUAUCGUGGCAAGACUUUCCACCAAUCCGUGUCGAUGACGAGAAGAUUCUAUCCUCACGUUCACAACAUGGAUGGUUUCUACGUUGCGAAGUUCAAGGUUGAGAAACCUACGAAGACGAGGAAGGCAGGAAAGGACGAGAAAGUGGAUCCAGCUGCGGAGGUCGUCGAACAAGAAACUAUUGGCUUCGACUCGGAAGAGGACAAGAUGUACAUCGAAGAGUCAAAACGUAAAGCCAUGAGAGCGAAGGGAUUGCGCGUCCCACCGCGGAAUCGAGCGCCCCCCGCUUCAGCCGCGGUAACUGCUGCCGCAUAA